AUAUAUUAUAAUAUAUUUUUAAGAAAGACUCAAAAGAAAUAAAAAUCUGAAUUUUUUAAUAAUUUUAAAAACAUGAUGUCUGAAGAACAUAAUAUUAAUGAAUUUAAUAAUUUAAAUUCCAUUGAAAUGUUCACAAAAACAGAGGAAAUUGAUGCUAUCAAAGUAUAUGAUUCUACAAUGUAAGUAAUUAUAUACCAAAUAUACAAAAAAAAAUAUGAAUAUAUAUGUAUAAAUACAUUGUAUUUUAAAAUCUAUAAAACUACAAAGUAGAAUAUUUAAAAAUAUAAAGAUUUUUUUUUUUUAUCAUAUUAUAUUUUUAUCCGAUAUUUCUCUCUAGGAAGCCUAAUAUUAGGCUUAUUAGAUUUAUUUUGAAAACACUAUUCAGCUAAAAUUAAUUCUUUCAUUAUAAUGUGUGUAUUUAUUUCGAUGUUAUAAAAUAAUGUUACUUUAUAUAAUAACAUUUUAUUGUCUCAUACCUCACAAAAUGUGACAUAAUUAUGUUUUUAUACAUAUUUUUCAAAACAUUUUUAUUGCAAAUGACGUCAAACAAUUAUUUUAACAAUAACUAUUAAUAUAAAGUUUAAAUACAACAAAAAAUAAUCACUUAUUUUUUCUGGACCAGAAGCCUAAUAUUAGCCACCGAAACGAUAUCUUUUUCGUAGUACAAUUCAUUAAUAAAGACAAAGAUAUUCUAAUAUUAAAACUAAAUAAGUCGUCCAAAAAAUGUCGGUCCUCUAAAAGUUAAUAAACGAUAUUAAUAUUUGAACAUCUUUACAGAGAAAUAAUUGGAUACCAUACGUAGAUGGCAUUGAAGCACCAAGAUUUGUUGGUAGUAACAAACAAUAUAAAUUUUUUAAAUUUUAUUUGAAUAAUAAUGAUGGAAGACGCAUACAGGUGGUGGCAUGGAACGAGUUUAUUAAUACAGUUGAAUGCCACAUACAAUCAAAUAAUGUAAAUUAAUUUACUUUUUAUUAAUAUGUUAUUUACUUAAAGAUUAAAUUAUUAAAAUUUUGUUUGUCAUAUAAUAGGCAUUUCUCAGACAGAAUAAUUGUCGUGUAGUUUAUUUCGUUAAAAAAAAAUUAUUCACAUCAAGAUUAUUUAACAAAAAAAUCUAGCAUAAUCCAAUAUCAACGUUUCACUUAUUUAUCAAUAAUUUAAUUUAUUCUAUUUUCUUAAAAGUUAAUUUAUUUAGUUUAAUUGUAAAUUUAUUUUUAUUAUGUCUCUUAAUUUUAAUUAUAAGAACUAUACUUGUUUUACAUAUUUAUAACAUUUUAAUUUUAAAUUGUAUAUUUGGAUAGAUUAUUUAUUUAGAUGGGGUACAAGCCAGAGUGCCCAAAAUGUCACAAUUUAAUAAUGAAAACGUUUUAUUCGAACUACAAAUUCAAAAUAACACCCUGGUUUCCAAUUUAGGAAAAUUACAAAUAAUGUCUUCUAAUAACAUUAAACCGAAUCGAGUUCAAUUAAGUGAUGUAUUAAAUACAACUAAACUUGUCAACCUGGAAGGUUAUGUAAAAUCAAAUUUUGCAAGUAUACAUAAUAGUAAAUUAAAUAAGACGAUUGGCUGUGGAUCUAUCAGAGAUGGUGUAUAUAAACUUGAAGUAUACAUUAUUGAUUUUAAUGAGGAUAAUUAUCACAAAGAACUCAUACAAAAAGGGAAUAAAAUAGAAUUGACUGGAAUAAUACAGAACACAGGGAUUGUCCGGAAUCACUUAAACGAGGUAUAUGGCAAUAAUUGGAUGGGCACAAACGGUCCCAUUCGUUGGCCACCUCGUUCACCCGAUCACAAUCCGUGCGACUUUUUUCUGUGGGGAUGUGUAAAGGAAAAUGUUUAUUUUGAAAGAAUUGAAACGCGGAAUGAUCUCGAAGAAGCUAUCGAAGUGGCUUUCGCAAGUAUCGAUCCAGAUAUGAUUCGAAGGGCAACAGAAAGUGUAUCACGUAGAGCUCAAAAGUGUUUAGACAAGGUGGUCACUUUUUUUUGAGCAUAUACCAUAAAAUUGUUUUUCAUAUAAUUAUUUGUUAAUAAAAUUAUUGUUAUAAUAUUUGUUAAUAAAAUUAUUGUUACAUUAUACCUUUUCAUUAUCUAACUUUGAAGAAACGUUGACUUUAUUUUGUACUCACUGAUAAAAUAAAUCAUAAUUAUUGACGUUAAACUUUAUUGUAACUUCUUCAUUAUUUCGUUAAUCAUACUUGCCCUUCACUUAUGUUAGUAAGAUAGUAUUACUUUAUGAAUUAAAAAUUAUUUUACUUGUUUGGAUUGAUAAAUAAUCAAUGAUUAACAUUGGCAUUCAAAUUUAGUUGUUCAUUUUUUCAAGUAUUAUAUUAUUAUACACUUUGAAAAGUAUCAUUUAAAACUUUCCAUAUACUACAAUAAAAUGACAAUGUACUUUAAUUAUUUUCUUGAUACAGAAGCUAACUACAAUUCUAGCCAUAAAAACCAAAUACAUAUGAGUCACAUCAAGAAAUUAAACUAAAAUAUUCGUUAUUUAAUAUUACAUACACGACAAUCCUGAUAAGGGAAAAAGGAAUUAUGUUGCCAUACCAAAACUUUUUACACAUUAUUGGUAAUUGUAUUGUCACAAAUCGUAAACGUACACAAAACGUAAUAUUUAUAAAAUGAAAGUAGACAUUUUCACGGACGCCGGACUUCACAAUUUGUGGAAUUUAUUCCAGCGUGCAAAAUUUCCAAAACGAAUAGAGAACAAUUAAUUGUUCACGAAUUAUUCGCUUUUAUUUAUUUAAAAUUUAAGUAUAGCAAUGAAAUUAAUACGACAUAUUCUUUGGAAACUGUUAAAUGCAAGUAUAAAAUGUGUGGCCAAAAAUAUUAACCUUACAUAUUUAAUCAAUAAAGUUGGAAAGUUGCGAGAAAAAAUCAAAAGCGGUAGACUUUUAAUGAAUUAUUCCCUUUUAUUGAUUUAAAACUCUAGAUUAUUAUUGAAAAUAUUAUAGCGCAUCUUCUGAAAGCUGUAAAGUGGCCUGCUAGUAUAAAUAGAGUAAUAAAAAAUAUUAAAAUUUUACAUAGAGUUCUGAUAAGUUUGCAAAAUUACGAAAGAGCAUAAGCUGUGGUGGAUUUUCAACGAAUUAUCCGCCUUCAUUGAUUUAAAAUUUAAGUAUGUAUAUCAAUAAAAAUACUAUGAAAUAAUUCUCUGAAAGCUUUCAAUCAACUUUUAAUUUUUUUUUAACUUUGCAAUUUAUGUAGUACAGUUAAAAAGUCUAUGUGUAAAUUUUAGUUAUAAGCUAUUGUCGACCAUCCUUAGUCCCUAUCGCUGACCGUUACGAACAGAGUUGCGGAUAGCAAUGAAUUUUGUUUGCGCUCUUCUCGCCUUGCGACGAGCGACGAUCGUCUUGUUUCCCACUGCGCUCAUGUUUCCGUUGUAGCCGUGCGUACAUUGACAAUAUUUCACUAUUUUCCGACAAUAAUUAUAAGAACUGUACGCAAGGAAUCGAAAAAAUUUAGAGAUCUUUUCGUCUUCGAUUUUCGUGGGCAACACGAUGGUAUAAAUAUUAUGCGAAGGUUUAUUAACACCCUGUAUAUAUAUACAUGGUUCAUUAUUAAAUUAUUUUCUUGUUUUAUAAGAUAAUUAAUGCAUUUAACUCCAAUACAUAAAAUAGUUGUCUUUUGUUGGAAAAAAAUUAUAAUAAAUUUUGAAAAUAUAUACAUCAAUUAUUAAAGACUUGUUUAUACAUAAUAUUAUAGCAUUUUUACUC